AUGGGCGCCCUAGGCAACCUCGUCCCUCUUAUAAUCCUCUUCGUCUUCCUCGCUGUCGGCGCGUGGAUCUUCCUCUUCGCAAACGAAAUGGCAGACCGCGGCGUCAAGAAGAUGGAAAAGAAAAACGUCUCCUUCACGAAAGACGGGAUGCGGGUCGGCGUCAAGGACGUCCAGAACGAGGAGUACGCAGACCGGACGCAGAGCGUGCUGGUUAAGGCGUGGCAGUUUGCUGGGUUGGGUGGGGGCGACAAAACGGGGUCGAGUCAGGGCGCGAAGAAGAGGGCGUAA